GAAAAUAAUAAAAAAAUAACAGAGAUUUUGCACGGAUAUUUAAAACACCAAAUAUCGACAUCUGAAAUUUCACUAUGAUUAAAAGAUUUGGGUAAAAACUAUACUUCUCAAAAUAAGAUUGACAUUUGCAUGGAAAUUCAACUCCUCCAUCAUCAAAUGUGUGCCGGCUGUUCAACCUGUAGAACCCUAAAAAAAAUCACUGUACGUGAAAAAUUGGUUACUUGCUGCUUUAAACAUAUCAAGCAUUUUACACUUCUGACGUCUUUGGUUUUUGAACACUUGCCUGAAAAGAUAGUGAUCUCAGCGGCUAAUAUUUGCCUUUGAAAAAUGAGGAGAGAAGAGAGAGAGAAUGGAGAAAAGGGGGUGUUGGAAGGAGCAGCGAGAGAGGAGGACUGCGAGCUGAUUGGAUUGGAGGGAGAGCAGAGGAGCUAUGGACAUUGUGAGGGACUUACAAAGCAGAAGCAAAGAUCAGAGGCUGGAAAAGACAGAUUGCAUAGCCUGCUGAUACUCGACGGUCAAGAGCGCUUGUGUGCAAGAAGAAAAAGCAGGAGGUAAAAGAAGAGGGACUUUACCCGAUCUUCAGUUCCUGAGAUCAUCCUCAGGUCCCCCCACACUGGGGUCAUCAUUGAAUCAGCAUCUCAUGACAGUGCACGGUGCUCCAAACAGGCUCUGUUCAGAAUGGCUCCACAGAGCAGGGAUUGUGUUAACCUGAGGAGGACCGUUCUCACACAGGGGUCUUAAUCAACUAAAGGACACAGGACUCAUCUGAUGAGGAAAUUCUGUCUGCAGUGACAGAUGUGACGGCCCUCCUCUCCCCAACAUCAGCUCUGUUUGCUUUCACAGACCUCAGAGCAGCCAUAACUCGACACGCCUCCAUCCUUGAGGAGUCAUUCUGAAGAGAGUGUGCCAAAGCUCCUUCAUGAACUCCUGAACAGAGGAGCCGUGGGAUUUGAACUUAAAGGAUUGAUGAGAGAUCCUCCACAUCAUCUCCACCAGGGCUCCUGAAUCAGUCCAUUCUCUUAGACUCACAAACUCUGCCUUUUCUGGAGGAUUUUUUGAUAUCACUCAGAGAAAUGUAAUAUCAUUCUCAAUAUAUUUUGAUCUAUUUAAUUCAAACGUGGCAGGUGUCCCAGGAAAGGAUUUACAGAGAAACCGAGUGCAAUACCUUGUACGUUGGAGUGUUUAUGUGUGUGUAUGUGAGUCUCUGUGGAGCAAUGGGUGAGGGUUGACUGAAAGAGGCAGGUAGAUUUUGGCAGACUGAUGCUGAGAUGUGCACCUGUAUGCACAUCAGUGUAUUCGUGUGUGAAACAUGUGAGAGUCUGUUUGUGUGAUUGUCUCUUGGAUCUGGCAAUUAUAGCUGUUCUCUCCUAUUUUUGUGUUGGAGCCGGCAGGGUCAACAUUAGAAGAGAGAGAGAGAGGGGGUGAGUGGGACGGAUACAGAAAAUAAUACAUUUGAGUGACACUUCUGCUUUUUUGUCACCGCUUUUUUGCCCCCUCAGAGUGAUUAAGCUUUGUAAAAAUACCACUACUUUUGUCCCAUCAAAAUGGAUUAUUAUAAGAAUCACGGCUUGUGAAGAGCUCUCAGAUGGAUCAUUGCUAUCCGGAGUUCAUUCAGCGCUAAGACUCUUCACAUCACUCCAUUUCUGAGACUUUCAACCUGUCAUUCUGGAAGACACCUGCGAAUCCCCGGGGGACUCUAUUCACCGGUUAUCACGGCAAUCCAUGGCACCCUGUUCCUGACAAGGUCCGCUUCAUUCGGGGGUGCUAUAGGCAGCAGAAGGCAUCUCCAUGAGGAGCGGUAGAAGAUGCCGGAACUGCCAGCGCUCCUGCUGUCGAUUUACUUCCGCUUCCUGUUAGUAACCGUGGUUACCAUGCCGCCCUCAUCACUUAGCCAGACCUCUGUUCUGUCAUCCGUACGGAUGGCGGCGAUUCUGGAUGACAGCUCUGUCUGUGGGCGUGGGGAGCGGUUAGCUUUAGCGUUAGCACGUGAGAACAUCAACAGUGUGAUGGAAGGCCCAGCACGUGCCCGUGUGGAGGUCGACAUCUUUGAACUCCAAAAAGACUCUCAGUAUGAGACUACAGAUACCAUGUGCCAGAUUCUUCCGAAGGGUGUGGUCUCUGUGAUUGGCCCUGCCUCCAGCCCUGCCUCUGGUUCCAUAGUUAGUCACAUUUGUGGGGAAAAAGAGAUCCCGCAUAUUAAAAUUGGUCCAGAGGAAACUCCACGGCUUCCUUACCUGCGCUUUGCAUCUGUGACUCUGUAUCCUAGCAACGAGGAUCUAAGCCUUGCCAUUGGAGCCAUCCUACGCUCCUUUAGCUACCCAUCGGCUAGUCUGGUCUGUGCUAAGGCCGAAUGUCUACUAAGACUCGAGGAGCUGAUAAGGCGUUUUCUGAUCUCUCGCGAGACGCUGUCAAUCAGGAUGCUGGACGAUAACCUUGACCCCACGCCUUUACUGAAGGAGAUUCGUGACGACAAAAUCGCUACAAUAAUUAUCGAUGCUAACGCAUCAAUAUCUUACCUUAUACUAAAGAAGGCAUCAGAGCUGGGAAUGACAUCAGCAUUUUACAAGUACAUUCUCACCACCAUGGACUUCCCAUUGUUGUGGUUGGAUGAUAUUGUGGAUGACCAAUCAAACAUAGUGGGCUUCUCAAUGUUCAACACCUCCCACCCAUUUUACGUGGAGUUUAUCAGGAGCCUUAACCUGUCCUGGAGAGAGGGCUGUGACAUCAACCCGUACCCAGGGCCAGCGUUAUCGUCCGCCCUGCUGUUUGAUGCGGUUCAUGUGGUGGUGAGCGCUGUACAGGAACUGAAUCGCAGUCAGGAGAUUGGUGUCAAACCUCUCAGCUGCACUUCACCUCAGAUCUGGCAGCAUGGAACCAGCCUCAUGAACUAUCUGCGGAUGGUGGAGUAUGAUGGUUUGACAGGUCGAGUUGAGUUCAACAGCAAAGGCCAGAGGACCAAUUACUCACUCCAUAUCUUGGAGAAGCACAGAGGAGGCCACAAGGAGAUUGGGAUCUGGUACUCCAACAAUACUUUGCUGAUGAACUCCACCAGUCUGGACAUCAACGUGUCUGAGACUCUGGCUAACAAGAGCCUCAUCGUCACAACCAUACUGGAGAACCCAUACGUGAUGAGAAAGGUGAAUUAUCAGGAGUUUGAAGGAAACGAACAGUACGAAGGAUUUUGCGUAGACAUGUUGAGAGAGCUGUCUGAUAUCCUCAAGUUCAACUAUCGCAUUAAACUGGUGGAUGACGCUCUUUAUGGAGCACCUGAACCCAACGGCUCAUGGACGGGCAUGGUGGGUGAACUGAUCAACAGGAAAGCUGAUUUGGCAGUAGCUGCUUUUACUAUCACUUCAGAGAGAGAGAAGGUCAUUGACUUCUCAAAGCCGUUUAUGACCUUGGGCAUCAGUAUUCUCUAUAGGGUUCAUAUAGGCAGGAAGCCAGGUUAUUUUUCCUUCCUGGAUCCUUUCUCACCGGCUGUUUGGCUCUUCAUGCUGCUGGCUUACCUUGCUGUCAGCUGUGUGCUUUUUCUUUCCGCUAGGUUGAGUCCAUAUGAAUGGUAUAAUCCUCACCCAUGUCUACGUGAGCGCAAAGACCUGUUGGAGAAUCAGUACACAUUAGGAAACAGCCUGUGGUUUCCUGUAGGGGGCUUCAUGCAGCAGGGAUCAGAGAUUAUGCCCCGGGCUCUAUCCACACGCUGUGUCAGUGGGGUUUGGUGGGCUUUUACUCUUAUAAUCAUCUCCUCGUACACAGCAAAUCUGGCUGCUUUUCUGACAGUGCAGAGGAUGGAGGUACCAAUCGAAUCACCUGAUGAUCUGGCAGAUCAAACCAAUAUCCAGUAUGGCACCAUUCAUGGAGGAAGCACCAUGACCUUUUUUAUGAACUCUCGCUAUCAAACGUAUCAGCGCAUGUGGAACUACAUGUACUCUAAACAGCCCAGUGUAUUUGUGAAGAGCACAGAGGAGGGCAUCGCUCGAGUCUUAAACUCGAAAUAUGCCUUCCUCCUCGAGAGCACCAUGAACGAGUAUCACCGGAGCCUCAACUGCAACCUCACCCAGAUCGGAGGCCUGUUGGACACCAAGGGUUAUGGCAUCGGCAUGCCUCUGGGUUCCCCUUUCAGAGAUGAGAUCAGUCUGGCUGUGUUGCAGCUGCAGGAAAACAACCGGUUGGAGAUCCUGAAAAGAAGGUGGUGGGAGGGAGGACAGUGUCCCAAAGAGGAGGACCACCGUGCCAAAGGACUUGGAAUGGAGAACAUUGGUGGUAUAUUUGUGGUGUUGAUCUGUGGCCUGAUUAUUGCUGUGUUUGUGGCUGUGAUGGAGUUUGUGUGGUCCACACGUCGAUCAGCUGAAACAGACGAGGUACGACCUCUCUCCUGCGAACGCCAAUAUCACAGUCACACUACAGUGUCUGUGUGCCAAGAGAUGUUGACGGAGUUUCGGAACGCUGUCUCGUGCAAGAAAAGUUCUCGUCUGCGCCGACGUCGACCCCUCCCCAGCUCUUUGGCCCUUCGUCACCCCACUCGCAUCACUUUAGGGGCUCCCCGGCCCCUACGCCUUGUCAGAGAUAUGCGCCUUAGCAAUGGAAAGCUCUAUAGCGGUACCGGACCCCUAACAGGAGGUUCAGGGGCCGGAGGAGGCCCUUCAGACAUGGGCCCCGGCCCUCAACGGCUCCUGGAGGACCCAUUAGGUGCCAACAGCACCCCUACAGUGGCUCUUGGUCCACCAGCAGUGACAGUACCUCUGCCACGAGGCUGUACUCACGUGCGCAUCUGUCAAGAGUGCAGGCGCAUCCAGAGCCUCCGCACAACCUCCUGCACACGCAUCCCUCCCUCAACGGCCCCUCUGCCGCGCCUGGCUCCCCCUCCUCCACACUCAUCGUCCAAUACAGACAGUGAAGGGGGUGGUGGGCACAGCCCGUGUCGGAUAGGCCACUCACCACCAGCAAAAGGCUGCACUUUACCUCCACCUCAGUCUAGCAUCAAUACUGAACUAUUAGGAGAACAGAAAUGAGAAACUAAAAUGGAGAGAGCGAGAGGGAGAGAGAAAGAGAUGGAAGAAUGUAAAAAGCCAAAAGGGGAGACACUAUGAACUAUGACAUGUUUUUGCAAUGUUUGUGUCUUUAAUUUUUAUUCUCGUUUUCUUUCAGAUUUCAGGUAUUGGUGUCAUAUCAAUUCAAAUGUUUGUAAUAUUUCUGUCUGAAGUAACCUUAAAAUGCAUUAAUAAAGAUCAGUGUGAGACUCAAUGGGUAGUACAGAGAUAUUAAACUUCCCCAGCAGACAGCACAGAGACUUUCCUUCUUCCUUUGGCUGUAAUUUGUAUGUGAUCAGACUCUUCAUCUCUCCCUCUCUCUCUCUCUCUCUCUGGUGAGGUCACACACAGGAAGUAGCACAGAGACUCUUUUGGAUGUCAUUGUUUUGAUGAUGGAGUCAGACAGCAACAGAAUGAGAGCACACACUUCAAUGGAGGACAAUGUGAAAUACACAAACUUGUUAAUGUAAAGAUACUCUAAACAGAUAUUCUUACUUUUCUGUACUAUACUUAUUUUUAAAUUCACUGUCUGUGUAAUUUAAUUCUGGGGUUGUGUUGUCUGAAUUGGAAUUUAAAUAUAGAGAUCCUUUAUUGAUACUGAGAAGAUCAACA